AUGAAGCUGCUUUUGACGACUGCUUGGUUGGCGGUCACCGCCGCCUCCUUCUACGACGGGUGGAAGCUGCCCGACUACUGCAUGGACCCAAAGGGCAUGGCCGCCCGCCAAGCCAUUCCGCCACUCCAGACGAGUCGCAACUUGGAGCUUGUCCAAGCGCAGGUCGUCGCCCGCCACGGCGCCCGCGCGCCCCCUGUGAGCGUCACGUGGAACUGCUCGACCAACCAAGUCUGGACGCAAAACUUGGACGAAGGCAGCCAAGCGCGUGGCUACGGGCGGCUGUACCGCAAGCAGUACAUCAACCACCGCAACGUCCUCAACGGCACCUGCAUGGUCGGCGGGCUCCUUCCCAUCGGCCGCGAGCAGCACCGGCAAAACGGCGCGAUCCUCCGUGACGCGUACAUUGGCGACGGCCCGCGCAAGCUGUUUUCGACCAACAAGAUUGGCGAACGCGCACCCCACGAGCUUCUGCUGCGCAGUGACGAUCAAGAGCGGACGCUCGGGUCGGGCCAAGCGCUCGUCGACACGCUCUUCCCGUACUCGCCCGAGGACGAGGCGAACGUCGAUGCUAUGCUCACGUGGAUGACGGCAGACGCCAACUCGGACUACAUUGACCACCGCCGGGACACGUCAUGCCCGAUGCUCGACCGCAUGGCCAAGGAGAUCAACAACUCGCCGGCCGUCGUCGCGCACCGCAACAGUCCGGCCGUGCUGUCGCUCCAAGCACGCUUUAACGCGAUUGUCGGCGUCAAGUUUCAGUGGGACACGUGUCUCGAGUGCCUCAUGAUUGCACGAUGCAACAACUUGCCGCUGCCCGACGGCACGACCGAAGAGCUCUUUGAUGCGCUCAUCCACGAGGUCCAGACGCGCACGCGCAUGAAGCUCACGUACCAGAACGGCGCGUACGCCAAGCUCGACAUGCAGCACAUGUGGCGCGACAUCCUCAAGCGCGUCGACGCCGCCAUCCACGACCCGUCGUCCGCACUCAAGCUCAGCAUCACCAUGGGUCAUGACUCGACGCUGAUGCCGAUGAUGGCGGUCGCCAUGGGCCCGACGUGGGACGGCCACUGGACGACCUACGCUGGCAUGCUUGACGUCGACAUGGAUCGUCGGCACGGCGACGCCUUUGCGAUUCGGCUUGUUUACAACGGCAAGCCGCUCCAGCUGCCCUUCUGCAACGACGAGCUCUGCCCGUGGUCGACGUUCAAUGCGUCGCUGUCGUGGGCGCGCGAGACGCGGCAGUGCAAGCUGCCGACCAAGGCAUCGACCCGCCUCGACACCAACGUAGCGACGCAUCAGCCGUCGGGCGCGUGGUUCCUCCUUCCCGUCGGCGCGUUCCUCGCGGUUGUCGGGACCUUGGCCACGCGCCAGAGCCCGUACCGGCGCGAGACCGAUCCGCUCCUCGGCUAA